AUGGUGAGGGUAGUGGGGUUGGAGGAGAAGCACAUGUUGAGGGUGGUCAUGAAGGAAUUGGGGACCAAGAAGUUGAACAAGGCUGUUGAGGAUGGGGCAUUGGACUUGUCAGGUGGAGUGGAUGUUGGGGUUCACAGUGAGGGUGCAGUGAAUGUUGACAAUGAGGUUAGAGUGGAGGUUGAGAAUGAGGGUGGAAUGGAGGUUGAGAAUAAGGGUGGAGUUGAGGUUCAUACUGAGGGUGCAAUGGAGGUUGAGAAUGAGGGUGUUGAGGCUUCAAUUGAGGUUGACAAUGAGGGUGUAGUGGAGGUUAAGAAUGAGUAUGUUAAGGGUCGAGUUAAGGUUGAGAAUGAAGAAGAAGUGGAAGUUGACAGUGACGUUGGAGUUGAGGUUGAUAAUGUUGGUGGAGUUGAGGUUCACAAUGAAGAAGAAGUUGAGAGUCAAGAAGAAGUGGAAGUGGACAGUGAGGAUCAACCAGGAAUGGAUGAUCUAAGUGGUGAUGAAUACGUGGAUGAAGAUAGUGAUCAUGAAGACAGUGAUGAUGAAGCACAAGAACAAGGAAGGGGUUUGUCAGAUAGUGAAUGA